GGGACCGGGGCAGCUGGCCGGGCACAGCCCUCCGCAGCAGGCGCCCGCUCGGCUUUCUCUUGCCCAUGAACUGCAUGAAAGACCCAUUAAGCCUGGAGCGCCUGGGAGCCGGGAAUAAGCUGUGCUCCACUUCACCCUCCUCCUCCUCUUCUUCCUCCUCCUCCUCCUCAUCUUGCCACCAUCACCAGCCGGCACUGGGCAUGGCUUCUGCUCUCGCUCCCGGGCAGCCUCGCUCGUCCUUGGACUCCUCCAAGCACCGGCUGGAGGUGCACUCCAUCUCGGACACCUCCAGCCCCGAGGCCGCAGAGAAAGAGAAAAGCCAGCAGAGCAAGAAUGAGGACCCGGGGGCUGAGGAUCCGUCCAAGAAGAAGAGGCAGCGGCGGCAGAGGACUCACUUCACCAGCCAGCAGCUGCAGGAGCUGGAGGCCACUUUCCAGCGGAACCGCUAUCCGGACAUGUCCACCCGGGAGGAGAUCGCGGUCUGGACCAACCUCACGGAAGCCCGAGUGAGGGUUUGGUUCAAGAACCGCAGAGCCAAAUGGAGAAAGAGAGAAAGGAACCAGCAAGCUGAGCUUUGCAAAAACGGUUUUGGUCCGCAAUUUAACGGUCUCAUGCAGCCCUACGAUGAAAUGUACCCGGGCUACUCUUACAACAACUGGGCAGCUAAAGGCCUGACCUCUGCUUCCCUGUCCACCAAAAGCUUUCCUUUCUUCAACUCUAUGAAUGUCAACCCUCUGUCUUCUCAGAGCAUGUUCUCCCCUCCAAAUUCCAUCUCCUCCAUGAGUAUGUCUUCAAGCAUGGUGCCCUCUGCAGUCACUGGGGUCCCCGGUUCCAGCCUCAACAGCCUGAAUAACUUGAACAACUUGAGCAAUCCCUCCCUGAAUUCUGCAGUGCCAACGCCAGCUUGUCCUUAUGCUCCUCCAACACCUCCUUAUGUUUAUAGGGACACAUGUAACUCUAGCUUGGCCAGUCUGAGACUUAAAGCCAAGCAGCACUCCAGCUUUGGAUAUGCCAGUGUGCAGAACCCAGCUUCCAACCUGAGCGCGUGUCAAUAUGCUGUGGACAGACCCGUGUGAGAUAUUCCAGUAUAAAAUACUGAACGGGAAUCCCUCCCCUUCCCCGCAGAGACUGAGAAUUAAACUAGAAAGUAAUGGGCACUAUAGAGAAAGAGAAAGGAAAAAAGGAGAGAGAGAGAAAAGAGAGAGAGAAGGAAACCACUGAAAUAAGAUAGCUCCUUUGUUUUCAAAGGAUCUCCGACAGUUUCUGACAUCCUUCAUUUAAGAGUAUUUCCAACAGUUAC